UUUUUACUUACUGCUUCUAUGAAGAGGCGUGGUGUUGAGUUCAAAGGCGUCAGGAAAGUGGAGCUCCGGAGGUGGAUGAGGACUUUUGUUGUCAAGCAGGACUCCGACGGGGAAGGUUGGAAAGGCGGCGAGGAGCUUCAGAAUCCACUGGAGGAUAUUCACACAAAGUUGGAAUUAAAACAAAAGAAGUGGAGUUUCGAUUCCCCGCGAGAUGCGACGUGGACGUGUUUUUUAAAAACGCAGGUUUGAAUUAGUGGCAACAAUGAAGAAUAUCACUAAACGCCUCGGGAUUUUAUUCACUUGAGAUGCGUUUUUGCGUCUAGUCGUCACUUUUUACGCACGAUUAACUUUUUUAAAAACACUUUUUUCCCCCCUCCUCAUGCUGUGAGUCACACUCACUAUCAGAUGUGCAUCUUCGUCUGGAGUUAAUACAUUUUUUAUUUAUUUUUUUUAAAAUUUAUUUAUUUUUGCCUUCAAAUGCUGUAAUUGGUGCAUAAUGUGUCAAGUUUCCGCGCUCACCUUGGCGCUAAUGUUCCUCCUGACGUGCACAGGCGAGGCCGACACGCACACCCGUCGCAUUCGGGCGCAGCUGCACCGGCGACCGAGGCCCGCCAGGGGGCGCCCGCUGGAGCGUGCGCGCCCCGGGUUUGCGUCCGCCAUCUCCGUGCACAGCUCCGUAGAGGGCCGUGACGUGCAGGCGGACGAGGGCACACGCAGGGCGGGGAGGAGAGGAGCCCGGGCGGGGAUGCUGCAGGACCAGGGCGCCCACCUGGCGAGGUCCCGGGUGGCGAGGAUGCCCGCCGGCGCCCGGUCGCCCAACCUGCUGGCCAGUUUCGCCGGGAAGAACCGAGUCCUGGUGAUCACGGCGCCGCACGACUCGGAAGGCUACUACCGCUUGAUGAUGUCGCUCCUGAAACCCGACGUCUACUGCGAGUUGGCGGAGAGACACGUCCAGCAGAUCGUGAUGUUCCACCAGGAGGGCGAGAUGGGCGGGAAGGUGCGAAGGAUCACCAACGAGGGCAAAGUGGUGGAAGAGCCGCUGGACACCGCAAUCAUCCCCAGACUCAUGAGCUUCCUCAAGCUGGAGAAAGGUAAAUUUGGCAUGGUACUGCUGAAGAAGACCCUGCAAGUGCAGGAGCGGUACCCCUACCCCGUCAGGCUGGAGGCCAUGUACGAGGUGAUCGACCAGGUGCCCAUGAGGAGGCUGGAGAAGCUUCGCCAGAAAGGUUUUGUCCAGAAGUGUAAAGGAGCGGGCGUGGAAGGUCAAGUGGAAGAGGGCACACUACCUGUGGAUACACCAGUUGAAAGAAAACCAGUAAAGAAAAUCCUCAGAAAGCCCACAACAACAACCGUAUCUGUGGCAACAACUCGACCAACAACAACCACAACUCGACCAACAACUACCACCACAACGACCAAGACCACGACGACCACAAGAAGAACCACCACCAAACGAACCGCCACCACCACAACCACCCUGACACCGACCAGACCCCACACCCCGGUUAUGGUGGAACCCCCACCACCGAGAACCACUGCCGAUUCCUAUUACUACAACCCAAGGGAGAGGGAGCGCUACCCAGCCAAAACCACACCGUCCGGAGAUAACCACACAGACAAGGACCACAAGGCUCCGCACGGUCACAAGCUGGUCCCCGUCACGCGGAAACCCUCCAAGAGAAAGAACGGCAGAGAGAAGGUGCUAACAAACGAGUAUGAAGACAAGCCUACGGUCACCUAUCCCGAGGAGAACGAAGGCUUCCCGGACAUCAGCCCUACCAAGAAGGUGAAGGCCAAGCACGAGAAGAAGAAGAACAAGAACGAGAAGGCGGCCAAGAAGGCUGAGAGGCGAGGGGGGAAGGUGGGCAAAGGCGGCAAGAAGAAUGGAAAGAAGCUGUCAAAGUACCCGGAGAAGGAUGACUACCCCAAACCCACGAAGCAGCCAACACCUCCUCCGAAGGGAUCUCUUGCCUCCUUCCUGGAUUACUUUGAGAACCGGAGAAGACUGCUGCUGAUUACAUCACCCGGCGAGGAGAACAAGAUGUAUGUCCAGCAGAGGGACGAGUACUUGGAGUCAGUGUGCGAGAUGGCCAUCAGGAAAGUCUCCAUCAUCACCAUCUUUGGCUCGCUCGUCAACUCCACCAUGAAAAUUGACCACUACCAGUUGGAGAAUGACAAGCCAAUGAAGGGGCUGCGUCAGGAGGAUCUCGUCAACCAGGACCUGAUUACCGAGUUGAGAAAAGAAUUCAGUAUGAUCCACGAUGAUUUCAACAUGGUACUGACUGACACAGACAUUAGGGUGAAGCAAUCCUACGAGGUUCCCAUCGCCAUGAAGGCCGUGUUCAACUACAUCGACACGUUCUCUUCGCGCAUCCGAGAGAUGGAGCAGCAGAAGCGAGACGACGUAGUUUGCAAGAAAGAAGACAAGCCGAGAUCGUUGGAGAACUUCCUCUCGAGGUUCCGAUGGAGGCGUCGUCUCUUCAUCAUCUCCACCCCAAAUGACGAAGAGUGGGCCUAUCAGCAGCAGCUCUACGGCCUGAGCAGCCAGGCCUGCAACCUGGGUUUAAGGCACAUUUCCGUUCUGAAGUUGGUUGGGACAGACCUGCUGGACAUGGGAGGAGUCUUGGAACUAUAUCCUUUUAAUGGAAGCGCCACGGUGGAACGAGAAGGCAUGACAGCCACCCUCGUCAAGGACAUGAGGAACUACUUCCAAAUCAGCCCGGAAUACUUCUCCAUGCUGCUGGUCGGGAAGGACGGCAACGUCAAGUCGUGGUACCCCUCGCCCAUGUGGUCCAUGGCGAUCAUCUACGACCUAGUGGACUCCAUGCAGCUGCGGCGACAGGAAAUGGCCAUCCAGCAGUCGCUGGGCAUGCGCUGCCCUGAGGACGAGUACGGCGGCUACGGUUACCACCAGCACGGCUACCAGGACGGCUAUCACCAGGGCUACGGUUACUAGCUGGUUCUUUAAACAUGUGGAUGCUCACCGCAGUACAUGAGAGCACUCGCUCUCCUUCCGUAGGCAGCCCUUUAAUUUCCCCAAGAUGAGGUCAUUGGGUGUUUUUGCAGUACAAAGUGGAGGCAGUCAAAUGACAGCUUUCACCUCACCACUUCUCCCAAGUAUAGUUCAGUAUGGCGCCACUUAAUGGUCAUUUGCAAGAGGCUCCAUCUAAUCAAGAGAUGGUUCGCCAAUAAAAGUAGCCGAGCUUAGAGGGAAAUGGUUGUAUUUUGAAUUCAGUUUUAUUAUUGGAGUCAUAAUAUGUAUUUAUUGGACUUCUGUUGCAGUUAUUCAGCUGCUCUUGUGUUGCAUUAUUAUUUAUAUUCUAUUGUGGCUAUGUAAUACAUCACUUUCUUACUAGCAAUGCUAUCAAUUUCAGUGUCAAUCUGUUUUUGUUUUGUUUUGUUAGCUUUUUAUCCUCCUGAGAACCAGCGUCUACUACAGUGGACAUUUAUUUCUUAAGUCAGAGUCUCACAUUUCGGAAAGAAAUUGCCGCGUUAUGCUAGACACAAACAUCCACUGCGGAGGAUGCUGGUUCUCAGAAGCUUACACUAUUGAAUUAUGAGUAUGAUAUGAAAUCCUGGCCUCUGGAGAGAUAUUUGUGUAAAAUAUGUGUAAUACCAUAAGACGAUGUGUUAAAAUAAUGACAUUUCUUGUAAUAAAAUGUGAAAUAUU